GGAAAAGGGGGAAGCGCGCUUCGGCUGAAAGUUUCAGGAUCUUGGGAUAGCUUAGAACUAUUCAGGACCUUAGGAUCUAAGCAUACUAGACGGUGCUUGCACUUGACAAAUUUGGUGGCCAGUUCUUUGGAUGGAGAGAAGGCAGGGCUCUCGUACUUCAGGUUUAUGACUUCCUCAAGACUCUAGAUGUGUGCAGUUUCACAUUUCACUCAAAACUGUUGUCACAAUGACAUCAUGAAAGCCGAGUCUGAAGUUUGCAAUGAGCAAAGACCUUAGCCAGGAGGUUCUACAGCAACGCUUCAAGAUCUCCAGAGAUCAAGUUUUGGGUGAAGGAAGCUUUGCAGUGGUAUACAGAGGGCUGGAUACGGAGGCCUUGAAAAAUGUGGCAGUGAAAGUGUACAAAGACGUGGAUGAGGAAACACUUGCCAGUUACAAGAAGAGCAUCAACGUUUUGCUUGCCAUUCAGAAUGGGACGAAGAUCGUGGAUGAUGAGAAUCCCAAGUCUGAAGUAGUGAGCGAAGUCGGUGAUGCCGAAGAGGGAGCUCUUGAAGCAGCACAGGACAAUGAAUGGGCGGAGAGGUCAACCGACUGGGCAGAAUUUGCCACACGCUCCUUCGAUCCGCGCAUGGUUGAACUGCCCACUGCUGUGCGGCGCCGCUCCUCCAGAGGUGAACUGAUGAGGAAGAUAGACUUUUCUUCUUGUUUUGUCUCUGUGAUCAGCUACUCGAAAGAUUCCAACGGCAAGCCUGGGCUUGAUAUCGAAUCAGAGUCGUUAUUCAUUGUGUUUGAGCUUGGCAUGGAAUCACUAGAGGAUCGGCUGAUCCGAUAUGGGGACAAGGGUCGACAGCUAACUGCCGACGAACACCGCUCACUACAGUGGGCCUUAGUUUCAAUUGUUUUUGGUUUGCAUACGAUGGGGUAUGUGCACUUGGACAUCAAGCCGGCCAACAUUGUUUGCUUCGAGCUUGAGCACAAGAAGGAGCAAUGGAAGCUUAUAGAUUUGGAUGGUGCAUUGUGCACUGGAACCGAAGUGCGUUUAAGCGAAGUCGUUGCAACGUUGCAAUAUUUGUCGCCCGAGCUGGCCAGUACGUUUCUGGGCAUGCAGGCCUCAAGGGAUAGAUUUGGACGGCCUCGUCGAGGUGAUGAUGAUGAUGCUCCAGUGAAGCUCUCUCGGCUGAUGGACAUUUGGAGUGUGGGGAUGUGCGCGAUGGAGGCGAUUUUCUUUAUCCCGAUCCUCAAACCUUGGUAUGACGAGUGGUUGGAAGAAACAGGUAGCGAAGACAAGUUUUUGAGAUGGCUGGCAGACACGAAAGAACAGAUAAUCACAGGAGACAUGCGGGAUGCUCUCCAAGAAAUUGAUACAGACAUGUGCAACCUUCUAGAGGGCAUGCUGGAGAAGGACCCUGAGAAGCGCUUCAGCAUCAUCGAGUGUAUCAAUCACUAUUUUUUCCAGAAGAUCCGCCAUACGCACCUGGAGGACCUCGCGGGAAUCCUGGAAGCCUCGGAUUUUGGCGAAGACUCCUCUCCUGGCGGAAAGUCUGCAAAGUCACCCAAAGCCCGGUCUGAGACGUUGCCAACGGAAUUGCAGCGGCCAAUCUCAGAGAUUGAAGCGAAGGAGCAACAGCGCAGGGCCUCCCGGGCGUGCGAGAUCAUGUAGUGGAGCGCCUUUGCCGAUCCUUCACCUUCGCCAAUCCAGUUUUCAUGCACUCAAAGAAGGUGCUGAUUUUGUUUUCAUUUUAAAAUGUCACGGAGAAACUCUGAGCCUCACAGCUCACCCUCUGUAGAAAUCGGACCUUACCUCAGGCAAGGCCAUAUUUAGAGGCAACGCGCAAGGGGGUUCUUGUGGUCAAGGAUGUACGUGCAAGAGCAAGGUUCUUCCCUC